AUGGCCGAUGGUGUCCAGCCUUCAGAACCGACAGCUCCAGAGUCAUAUGUCUAUACACCAUUCACAGAUAACUUUACGAUCCGCAUUCUCACUCUUGAGCCUGGUACGGGCAAUGACCCAUUAGUCGGUCAUCUCGGCUUUGAGAAUCUUGAUCUAAGCCCACAAUAUGAAGCCAUCUCAUAUUGCUGGGGAACAGGUGGUCGAUCCUCUGAAAUUAUAUGCGAUGGGAAACCGCUGCCAUUGACGGAGAGCAUUGAGGGUGCUCUACGCCGUAUGAGACAUGCAACAACCCAGCGACGCUUGUGGGCGGAUCAAGUCUGCAUCAAUCAGGACGAUAUUGCUGAACGAAGUCAGCAAGUCAGUCUGAUGAAUGCCAUUUACAAGGGAGCGAAGCACGUGUUGGUAUGGCUCGGAGAAGACAAGUUUAAUCGUAUAUGGAUCGUUCAGGAAAUAGGAACAGCAGCACCGGCGACUCUCUACUGGGGCGAUGCAGAGAUUGACUGGGAAAUUCUAUCGUCAGUUGCAGGCAUCUUGAAUACGACUUAUCACUUCCUACGCUCGCGGUUCGCUGUCUUCACACCUAACAUCCGAUACUUGUAUCAACGCUUCGUUGAGCCAGAGGAGGCAUACGAUGUCAACCAUAACCGCGCAGCCUUCAUAUACGAACUUCACCGCGCAAGACAUCUCUUAUCCAAAGACCCUCGAGACCAUGUCUAUGCGUUUCUUGGCCACUUCUCCAUCCACACUGGUAGUUCGAGCCUUGCAGAGUUGGUGGCAGAUUAUAGCAGAUCGAUAGAAGACAUCUAUUACGAUGUAGCAGUCAGAGAACUCUCUGGGUGCGAAUCACUUCUGCUUUUAUCUGCUUGUCAUGCUAUACCAGUUACUUACAAGAAACGAAUUAUGGAGAGGGGAGACUUACCAACUUGGGUUCCUGACUGGCGUGUUGUGCCUCUCCAUCUCAUGGGCACACCCGUCACUCCUCACAAAGCAUCAGGGGAGUAUAGGCCUCAAUUAUACAUCAACGAAGAAACGCGAGCUCUCCACAUCUACGGCGUUUGCUUGGAUCGUAUCCGUCGACCAUCGUGGAUCUUCUGGAACAACGCUUUCCACUUCCGUCGCAACAACCCUUUUCGUCUCCCUAUCGAAGCCCUAUGGCGAGAUAUCUGUGGUCGAAAUCAGCCCUUCAACCUACGACAACGCUAUCGAAAUGGCGACACAGCGUUCUUCGCCCUUGUGCAAACACUUACAAACGCAUGUAUCGGAGCAGAUCGCUCACGGCCAUAUGAGAGUAUUCCUAAGGAAGAGUGGCUCGCCAACGGCGCAGCGUAUCUAGUCCGCGCGCUGGAUAAACCUGGUGCUGUUUCACCGGAGAUACAAGAGCUUGCGCAGACGGGAGAUGGGUUCAAAUGGAGCCAUGAAGCAACGCUUGUUACACGGUAUCGAGGUUUUGCGAUAACUUUUGGGGGGUGGUUUGUUGUUGGGCCGGAUAUCAUGCAAGCAGGGGAUGUGGUUGUUGUGCUAUAUGGCGGGAGAACACCAUUCUUGUUAAGGAGAAAGGAUGAUGGGACGUGGAUACUUGUUGGGGAGUGCUAUGUGCAUGGGAUGAUGAAUGGGGAGGUUUUUGACCUUGAUGGGGUUGAAGAGGAGGAGUUUGUUAUUGUGUGA